AAAUAAUUUGAGUAGCGGUUACAUGAGAUGUAGUGUUGUGCAGCUUAUCAGAUCAACUACUCGUCUAACCUUCAUCCAACAUCAAAAGAAAAGUCUUGCUAACCAGACUAGAACCUUCUCUCUGUUCACUCCAAAUACCAGAACAUUCCAAACCAAGAUUAUGCAAAUACCAGAGGAUCCCAACACUGCUGAAAGCCUGGUUGUUCUGAACAAACAUUUUGGUAAUUUCAGUUAUUUGGGCAACACAAAAUCUGAUGAGGACAGAGUUCUCUUCUCUCGCCUAACUACAAGUCCCUGUUCUCAAGCGUACCCUCACCUAGCUCGCUGGUUCUACCACAUGACCGUACAGUGUGGUAACAGUGCUGCUAGCAGUGACGCCGUGUCCAAAGGCCAGCCAACCUGGAACUGUCCUGAGCAAAAGACGGCUCAGUUGAAGAUAUGGAACAGUUUGACUCGUCGCAAGGAUGAUUUUAUACCCUCUAAUGGGAAGAAUGUUACGUGGUACAACUGUGGUCCUACAGUCUACGAUGCUAGUCACAUGGGGCACGCUAGAUCCUACAUAACAUUCGACAUCCUACGACGGAUAAUGAGCGACUACUUCGGUUUCAACAUCCUUUACGUUAUGAACAUCACUGAUAUAGACGAUAAGAUAAUCUACAGAGCCAGAACUAAGUUCUUGUUAGAUCGGUAUCGUAGUGAGAUGGGUGCCCGUGACAAGAACGAAGUUCUAUCUGAGAUUAAAGAAUCAGUAGAAGACUUCAAAGUCAAGAUGUCCGGAUUGACACCAGAGGACCCAAAGUUAAAGAUGAUGCAGAAGGUAAUGGAUAAGUUAUCUCCGGUUCUUGCUAAGCCUGAUGCUGACGUUGGGGAGCUGCUGACUCUAGCCAGUAUGGCUAUGGAGACUUGGCUAGAUACCAGGUUGGGAGCGGAUGUGACAGACCACAGUAUAUUCGCUGCUCUGACCCAGCAUUGGGAGACAGAGUUCCACAAGGAUCUGAAGGAGCUGAAUGUGCUACCUACUGAUGUCUUGACUAGAGUAACUGAUUAUGUGCCUGAAAUUGUGGACUACGUUCAGAAGAUAAUAGACAACGGUUAUGCGUACGCUAGUAACGGUAGUGUGUACUUCGACUCAGCAGCCUGGAGGAGAGACAGGGGCUACCUUGCCAAGCUGAAACCGGAAAGUGUUGGCGAUUUGGAUGCUUUAGCAGAAGGAGAAGGUAAAUUCUCGGAUGUGAACAGCAAAGAGAAGAAGAAUCAAGUAGAUUUCGCUCUGUGGAAGAGUAGCAAACCCGGAGAACCAUUCUGGGAGAGUCCCUGGGGCCAAGGUCGACCAGGCUGGCAUAUCGAGUGCAGUGCUAUGGCCGAUUCUAUCUGCAACAACCAGCUGGAUAUCCAUUCUGGAGGGGAAGACUUGUUGUUCCCUCAUCACGAUAAUGAGAUCCUACAGGCUGAGGGUUACUCUAACUCAAAACAAUGGGUGAACUAUUUUAUACAUGCUGGACAUCUCAGCAUAGAAGGUUGCAAAAUGAGCAAAAGUCUGAAAAAUUUUAUCACUAUUAAAGACGCUUUAAAAAAGAAUACUGGUCGUCAAUUGAGGAUACAUUUCCUGUCCCACUCUUGGCACGGAGGAUUAGAUUACAGCGAGAGUGCUAUGUCGGAGGCAGUCACAACUGAGAAAUAUUUUAACGAUUUCUUCCUACUAGUGAAAUACCACAAAUCGUCCCUGGGAGAGGGUAUCUCCAGCUUCACCAAGCUUACACCCCUUGAACUGAAACUCUAUCAACAAUUACAAGAAUGCCAGAAGGUUGUCCACAACGCUCUGGCGGAUAGUUUCGAUACUCCAACUGCCAUGAGAGUCUUAAAAUCGGUUGUUUCAGAUUCCUACACAUAUCUGAGCGCACAGAAGGACGCUCCUAAUGUGAGACUCCUGAUACAAGUUGCAGUGUACAUAACUAAGAUACUUUCUGUGUUCGGAGUUGCCGGCAGUCAGGACAACAUUGGUUUCGCUUCAGCCGGCGAAGGUUCUGUCUCAACGGACGAGGUCGCGCUUCCGUUCGUCAAAGCAUUGUCCGAAUUCCGUGAUGAAGUGCGCGGCUCAGCACGUGAGCUAAAAGCGUUUGACAUUCUUAAAAAGUGUGAUAAUUUGAGGGAUAACGUGUUGCCGGAACUGGGAGUCAGGUUGGAGGAUAGGGAGUUGGGUGAUCCUGCUGUGUUCAAGAUUGAUGAUAAAGAAACGCUGCUGCGUGAGAAAAAACAAAGACAAGAUGAAAUAGUGAGGAAGGAAAAAGAAAAGGCGGAGAGAGCAGCAGCACGAGAUAAGGCUGCUAAAGAGAAGCUAGAGAAAGGGAAGGUGCCACCUCUGGAGAUGUUCCGGACAGCGCAGUACUCAGCUUGGGACGACCAGGGCUUUCCUACGCACGAUGCAAAGGGAGUCGAGGUACCCAAAUCACAACAGAAGAAACUUAAGAAACUACAAGCAGCUCAGGAAAAGCUGCACAAAACUUACCUCCAGCAUAUCUCUGACUUGGAGAUCUAGAUAACACUUUCUUUCACACACUGUAGAUACCACUGGGAGAACUGUUAGGAGUAGGAGCAAUGAGAAAUCUGAACAAUUUCAUUUAAUUGGCAUCCUUAGACCACACUAAUUUGUUUGACUGUUUGAUUCAAAAGUUUGGGAAUGUUUUAAUGUGAAUCUUAACAAUUUCAUUAGGUGUCCUUAUAAUACCACACUAAUAUUUUUGACUGUUUGAUUAAAAAUGUUGGGAAUGUUUUCGAGUAAAUACCAUAAAAACAUAUAAAUUAUUGAUUGAAUCUGCUUGUGUGACUGUUGAAAUGAAUAUCAUUCUAGGUUGAUUUUCUAGAUCAGGGGGAAAUCAUUUACAGCUGUUUUGAUGUUUUACUUUUAGCUAUGUUAGUUUCUGGGUGCCCCACAAACAAACAAAUAAGUUUCUGAUUUUCUUGAUGAUUGUUUUCGACUUAGUUAUUUAUUGAUCCUUUGAGCGGCAAA